AUGGCCACAUCUUCCGUCGUUUCCUCCACCUCUAGCGCUUCCGCCAAUUCAAAAACUUUGGUUUCUGAUAAUGUAGUUGCUGCCUCUUCAGUUACAGCCACAUAUGCUACUUCUUCCAGUGUAACUGCUACUAUUACUUCUAGUAAAAGUAGUUCCACAAGCACUAGCAAAUCUUCCAAAAAUGCUGCUCCAAUUGGUGUUGAAAAUCCAGUCUCAUGGAAGUUUGGUUUUAUCCUUGGUGGUAUCAUUGCUUCUUCUUUUGUUUUGGGCACUGCUUUAUAA